AUGCUGCAUUUCCUUGUUGUUGUGUUGCUGGUAGUUCUCAAAUUUAGUUUUGUUAGCCUCUCAGUCCUGCAGCACUGGAACUGUCCUGAAGGCUCUCCCUCCAGAAAUGAGAAUUCUACUUGUGCGGGUCCUGUGCCCUUCUUAAUUUUCUCCCAUGAAAAUAGUAUCUUUAGGAUUGACUUGGAAGGAACGAAUUAUGAAUGAUUGGUGGCAGAUGCUGGCGUAUCAGUGACCAUGGAUUUUCAUUACAAUGAAGAAAGAAUCUAUUGGGUUGAUCUACAAAGACAACUCUUGGAAACAGUCCAUUUGAAUGGGACAAGGCAAGAGAAAGUAUGUGAUGUAGAUAAAAAUGUUUCAGGAAUGGCAAUAAAUUGGAUCAAUGAAGAACUUAUUUGGUCAAAUCAACAGGAAGGAAUCAUUACAGUAACUGAUACGAAAGGAAACAAUUCCCGGGUUCUCUUACGUGCCUUAAGAUACCCUGCAAAUAUAGCAGUUGAUCCAGUAGCAAGGUUCAUGUUUUGGUCCUCAGAGGUGGCUGGCAGCCUUCACAGAGCAGAUCUUGGUGGUGUGGAAGUGGAGCUUCUGUUGGAGACAUCAGAGAAAAUUGCAGCUUUAUCACUGGAUGUGCUUGAUAAACGGCUCUUUUGGACUCAGUUCCAUAGAGAAGGAGGUGAUCCUCUUAUUUGUUCCUGUGAUUAUGACGGCGGUUCUGUCCUUUUUAGCAAAUAUCCCCUGCGGCACAGUCUGCUUGCAGCGUCCUUCUUUGGUGAUCAUAUCUUCUAUUCAACAUGGAAAAAGAAGACAGUUUGGGUAGCUAACAAGCACACGGGGAAGGAUAUUAAAAUCACCCUCAGCUCGUCAUCUGUGCCACCCAGUGGAAUUAAAGAGGUUCAUCCGCUCAUACAGCCCAGGGCAGAGGGUGAUGCUUGGGCAUCUGAUCAGAAACUCUGCAAACUGAAGAAAGGUAACUGCAGCAGCAGCAUGUGUGAGCAAGAGCCUAUGUCCCAAGUGUGCACGUGAGCAGAGGGGUACACUUUUUUUUUUUUUUUUGAGGGGUACACUUUAAGCCAAGAUGGAAGGAUCUGUGAAGGUAAUCUUGUGGAUGUCAAUGAGUGUGCUUUUCAGAAUCAUGGCUGCACAGUAACCCAAACCUCUUCUUUGGAGUUAAUUUCCUGCCCAAGCAAUGUGUCUGAAUGCAGUCAUGACUGUGUUCUGAUAUCAGACAGUCCCAUAUGUUUCUGUUCUGAAGGCUCAGUGCUUGACACAGAUGGAAAAACAUGCAAUGGCUGUUCAUCACCUGAUAACGGUGGAUGUAGCCAGCCCUGCGCCCCUCUCAGCCCAGUACCCUGGAAAUGUGGCUGCCUUCCUGGGUAUGACCUACAGCCGGACAAAAAGAGCUUUAGACCUUCAGGACCACUGCCGUUUUUGCUGUUUGCCAGUUCUCAAGAUAUUCGAUACAUGCAUUUUGAUGGAACAGAUUAUGGAACCCUGCUCCACCAACAAAUAGGAAUGGUUUUUGCUCUUGAUCAUGACCCUGUGGAAAAUAAGAUAUACUUUGCCCAUAUAGUCCUGAAGUGGGUAGAAAGAGCUAAAAUGGAUGGUUCCUAGCGAGAAAGACUUCUCGAAGAAGAAGUAGGUUUACUGGAAGGUCUUGCUGUCGACUGGAUUGGCCGUAAACUCUACUGGACAGACAGAGGGAAAUCUCUCAUUGAAGGGAGUGAUUGAAAUGGAAAGUAUUGUGAAAUAAUCAUUAAGGAGGACAUUUCUCAGCCACGAGGAAUUGCUGUUCAUCCGAAGGUCAAGAGAUUAUUCUGGACUGAUAUGGGAAUUAAUCCACGAAUUGAAAGUUCUUCUCUUCAAGGCAGUAGCCAACUGAUUAUAGCUAGCUUGGAUCUGGUGUGGCCCAGGGGAAUAGCAAUUGAUUACUUAACUGACAAGUUGUAUUGGUGUGAUGCCAAGCAGUCUGUGAUAGAAAUGUCCAAUCUGGAUGUUUCAAAACGUCAAAGACUUGCCCGGAAGGAUGUAGGUCACCCAUUUGCUGUGGCUGUGUUUGAGGAUCACGUGUGGUUCUCUGAUUGGACUAUGCCAUCGAUAACAAGGAUGAACAAGAGGACUGGCAAAAAUAGUGUAUAUCUCCAAGGCAGCAUGCUGAAGCCCUCACCUCUGGUUGUAGUUCAUCCACUGGCAAAACCAGGAGCAGAUCCCUGCUUCCAUCGAAAUGGAGGCUGUGAACAUAUUUGCAAAGAGAGGUUUGGAACUGCUCAACGCCUGUGUCGUGCAGGUUUUGUGAAAGCUCCAGAUGGAAAAACGUGUCAUGGCCAAAUAGAGAGCCAUGGAUGUAGUGGAGCAAAUCGGAGUAAUGGAGUCACACCAUUGGACGUCUCAGCCAGCAGCAGAGAGCUUGAAGGUAACAUGACAGAGUCUCAACUCCUGCUAGUGGCUGAAAUCAUGGUUCACGGCAUAAUGAAGACUGUGAUGCCACUGGGAUACAGUACACAGGCUGAGUGCAUUUCAGAGGGAGAGGAUGUCACAUGUCAGUGUUUGAAAGGCUUUGCCGGAGAUGGAAAACAAUGUUCUGAUGUAGAUGAAUGUGAAAUGGGUCUCUUAGUUUGCCCUCCCACGUCCUCCAACUGUGUCAAUACAGAAGGUGGCUAAGUCUGCUGGUGCUCAGAAGGCUACCAGGGAGAUGGAAUCCACUGUCUGGAUAUUGAUGCGUGCCGCCUGGGCGUGCACAGCUGUGGGGAAAGCACCUGCACAAAUAUGGAGGGAAACUAUACUUGCACAUGUGCUGGCAAGUUGUCUGAGCCUGGACAGAUUUGCCCUGACUCUACUCCGCUGUCUCACCUUGGGAAGAAUGGACACAGUUUUUUGAAAAAUCGCUUCCCUGAAUGUUCCCCGAAUUAUGAAGGGUACUGCCUCAGUGGUGGUCUCUGUAUAUAUUUUGGCAUUGACACCCUGUUCACCUGCCACUUUCCCGUAGGCUACACCAGCAAGCGAUGUGAGUACAGCCUGAGUUGGUGGGAUCUGCACCAUGUCAGCCUGGGGGCUGUCUGCAGUGUUCUGCCUUUCCUGCUGCUCCUGGGGCUGUGCGAAGCUCACUAUCGUCUCACAUUUUGACUUUAUUGCAGGACUCAGAAGCGGCUAUUGAAAAAUCCAAAGAAUCCUUGUGAAGAACCAAGCGGAGAUGUGAUCCGUAGCAGGCCUGCAGAUGGCGAGGCUGGGAUGCCUUCUUGCCCCCAACCUUGGUUCGUGGUUGUAAAGGAACAUCAAAACCUCGGGAAUGGGAGUCCACCCGAGGCCCUCACAGAAGGCCUGGCAGCAGAUAUUGGCCAGUCCCCCCUGGAUCCUGCGUCCUUUGAACAGUCAUCGUGGAGAAUGGAGCCCCAGAUGUAUGUGGGCACAGAACAAGGAAGCUGCAUUGCAUCAUCCAACGAUAAAGGCUCCGGUGACCCGGGGAUGAAGUGUAGCUUUUAUCUUAUCUCCGAAAGGGCUCGGCCCAUUGCUGAGGGGGUUGAGAAAUCCUGUUCUCUCCCAUCAGCUUACCCUUUGUGGCAACAAAGGUCUCCACACCAAAUGGAGCUGACACAGUGAAAACUUGAAUUAAAAGUAAGAUCAUAAGGAAUAAACUCUAUUGAUGGGCAGUAAUACUUCAUUUUAAAAGUAGAGGAAAAAUACAGAUUUUCCAUCUAUAAUCUCUACAACAAAUCACCUACUCAGAGAUGAAGGCAAAUAUAUAUUGCUUUUUGCUUCUUCCUUCAAGUAGUCUUACUGCAGACUUUCAAGUAAAGUAACCUGGAGAAUUAUUUGGUAUCUCAUUAGACACCAAAAUAGGGAAAAUAGUGCUUUAUAAAUUGUGUUCAAGUGUUCAAUAAUCAAUACAAAUUUUUUUCCUGCCCAGAAGAAAUCUGGGGUUAAAGCAAUCAAUCAUACUGGUUUGGUCAGUUAUAAUUUCUUUUAUUUGGACAGAACAUUUAGCUCAAUCUUAUGAAGUUGCUAGAAUAUUAAAAUUAUUGUUAUAAUACAUCGUAGUCCUUUAGCUUAUCAUUGGCAUGGUCCAUGAUGGUAAUUUUGCAGAAUGAAUUUUGAUAAAUUAAUGAAAAAUCUACUAACUUAGAACCUUAUUUCUUCAAAAUUACAUGGUUUAUUUUUUCUAUUUUAAAAUCUUUGAAGGAAAACUUUUAAACCAUUACCCAAGAGAUUUUUCUGUUUCUCUCGUUACUAUCAUUUUCCCCACAGAAGUUUUUCUUCUAAUGAAAAUGGUAAAUGCCCCCUCUGUAUGUUUGCACAGAAUUUUUACUUAUUUUCAAAAUAUGAGAUUGUAAGCAAACUGCCUGAUUUAUUUUUAUUUUGGACAGCAAUCAAUUUUUAAAUAAAACCAGUGCAUAACAUAAACAUCUUAUUGCAUACCUGGUUAAGUAAUAAAUUAUAGUUUAAGGGGAUGUUAGAGAUAAAGCAAAGUGGUUUGACCAGCUUGCUAUUGUUACUUUAAGCAAAACAUAUUUGAAAUCUUUCUCUCUGUUAUAAAAUUUCACGAGGUAUUCCAAUUAAAGAUUAUUCUUGGAGACAUUGUUAUUACAAAU